AUGCUGGAGCAAAGAGUGUUGCGCAAUUUGGCGCGUUUGAAUUUGAGGCGCUACGCAGCCUCAGUCUCACGAGGUAGAAAUAACAAUGAAAGCAAUUUUUCUCGAUACGCGGGCAUGGCGUUUUUCAGUGCUGUUACGGUGACGACGGCUUACCUCGGCUCGUGGCAGAUUGAACGUUAUUACUGGAAAAAGAAUCUGAUUAACCAACGUGCGAAGGAGCUGUCCGAGUCAGUUGCGGAGCUUCCGAAAGACGCGACUGCAAGCAAUGACACUGACGAUAUUGAGUAUCGUCAGCUGAGUUUGAAGGGUACAUUUAAGUCUGGAAGUACCUUUUACCUGUAUCCUCGCUCUGCCCCCGCGGACCAGAGUGAUUCGGUGGCAAGCGUGAAAUCUGGUGGAUACAUCUACUCUCUGUUGCAGCGCGAGAAUAGUACUCCGGUGAUCGUGAAUCGAGGUUGGCUUCCACGCAAACUUCUUGAUGAGCAUAUGAUCCGCGACAAGAAAGAGGAUGUCGGUGAUGUAUCAUUGAUUGGUGUGCUUCGUCAUGGCGAGACUAAAAACUCUUUUACACCAGACAACGAUCCGAAGAAUCGACAUUUCUUCCAUUUGGACCAUAAAGAGCUGGCGAGUGCCAUGGGCGUGACUUCUGCAGAUUUGCCUGUCAUUGUUGAUGCUCUUGCGGUCGAAGAUGAAAUUGGAGAAAUAACGCUUGAUAACUUCGUCCGAAAAAAUAUUUCCUCUUAUCUGGAAUUUUACAUGACCCCUGAAAUGCAUGCUGGAUACGCCGCAACUUGGUUUGGUUGCAGUAUCGCAGCUGCCGUUAUGGGAGUUCUGCGUUUCAAAAAGGGCGAUGCUCGUCAAAAAAUGCAGCACGAGAUAGAUGACGACGAUACUACGAUGGAGGACGCAGUGCUGCUGCUGCUCAUGAUGUUUGUGCUAGUAGUGAUUUCAUUCGUACUUGAUCGAUAUUCUUGUAAUCUAGUAUCACAGAGUGGCUUUGCAAUGGUCUUUGGCCUCGUCGUGGGGCUCUUUAUGAUCAUGGGUGGCAAGCAUGGAGCGCUCCAUACACAUCUCAACUUAGACAACAGUCUGUUUUUCAACGUGCUGCUACCACCUAUUAUAUACGAAGGAGGCUUUUCUAUCAAGCGGCAAGCAUUUUUUCGUAAUUUUCCAGCUAUCAUGAGCACGGCUGUCAUUGGCACGAUUGUAGCAGCAACUAUCACGGGUGGUGUUUUGUACCUUGCUGGAGCGUCGAAGAUAGUGACAAAAUUAUCGUGGGUUGAGGCACUUUUGUUCGGAACAUUGAUCAAUGCUGUGGAUCCCGUGGCUACAUUGUCGUGCUUUAAUAAGCUGCACGUCCCACCACUGCUGUUUAAUCUUGUGUUUGGAGAAAGCGUAAUAAAUAAUGCCGUCGCAAUUGCUCUCUAUCAGACGCUACAUCAAUGGAAUGUUGGCACUGAUUUAAGCCCAACACAGCUGCUGCGAGUGGUGGUGAAUACAAGUGGAAUGUUUUUAGGAUCGCUACUUGUUAGUGCGGCGAUUACUUUAUCCGGUGCAUUUUUGCUAAAACGAAAGGUCUUUUCGUCAUUGCAUUUCUAUCCAAGUUACGAGAUUUCGCUGUGCUUGAUUUUUAGCUUGUUAACGUAUUACGUGGCCGACAGUCUAAAGAUGAGUGGAAUCGUUGCGCUGUUCUUUUCCGGAACCAUGACUGCUCAUUACCAUUUUAACGUGCUAUCACGGGAAGCGCGCCAUGCUUUCACGCAUUUGCUCCAUACAACUUCUUUCGUUUGUGAGAACAUUGUUUAUGUAUUUAUGGGAACGUCGGUAGUCAUGAUCUUUUCUGGGCAUCCUGAGAAACGCUUGGGUGCUGCGCUUCGAGUAGACGAUAUCGACUGGCACUUCAUUAGUAUGACACUGGUGGCUUGUGUCACAGCUCGCUUUUUUAAUAUUUUUCCCCUGUUGACUUUUUCUAAUUGCUCACGGGGAACUUCCGAUCGUAUCCCAAUUAAAUACAUGAGUGUGAUGUGGUUUGUUGCUCUUCGUGGAUCUAUUGCCUUCACACUUGCUAAAAACUGGAAUUAUGCUGGUCGAUAUGGAUCCCAUCGCCACUUAGUCGAAUCGACAACACUUAUCGUGGUGAUGUUUACGACUAUCGUUAUCGGUGGACUUACGGGACCCCUCAUUUCAAAGCUUCAUCUUACAAAUCACCACAGGGCGUUAAGGCAAUCUGAGACGAAUACUGAAGGAGAACAAGUUCUAGAGAAAGACCGAGCGCAAAAUCUACAACGCAGUACUCGUCACUUUAUGCUACGGCGAAAUUCUAGGACUUCCGAGCAGCAGCAUAAACAUAGAUCUACAGAGGAAGUUACUACAGUAGAACAAGAGAAUGAAGUAGAAAAUAAUCCUGUGUUUACGUCCCGGCCCCAAUUUCGAGACGAAGAUUAUAGUGACGACGAGCACAACGAUGCCUCUCCAGUUCAGCGAGUUGAGACAAUGACUGGUGCCUUUAUUCGCAACUGGCAGAAUUUCGACUCCACAUACAUGCAACCAGUAUUUGGUGGCGAACGAUCCCCUGUGAAUUUAAUGCCAGUUGUCGAAGCAGUUGAAUCGCUUGGAGAAGAGACUGAAAAGGCACCUGCAUCAAGCGUUGUCUGA